GGAAAGAGAGAGGCAAAGGAAAAGAGAACAUGUCUCCACAUCUCUGUGAGUCCACCACCCCAGAACACGGGGGAUUCCACGCCCAAACCAACAGGACCAAGAAGAGAGAGUCAAGCGAAUUGAGAAAGGCGCUUAAACCCUUAAUGGAGAAGAGGAGAAGGGCUCGUAUCAAUGAAAGUCUGAAUCAGUUGAAAACCUUGAUCCUUCCCCUAAUCGGUAAAGAUAGCCCGAGAUAUUCCAAACUAGAAAAAGCGGAUAUCCUCGAGAUGACUGUUCGCUUUCUGAAAGAUUUGCCCAAGUCCCCAGUUUACGAUCGCCUGGAUAGCUAUCGCGAAGGAUACCGUGCCAGCAUGCAGCACCUUUCCAACCUGCUCCCAUCGUCGAAGCUCAUGGACACUGAAACCUGCGAUCGCCUCAAAGACUACCUGGAACGGUUCACGAGUUUGCCAUUGGUCUCCCAUCACCCACACUCCCAACCCGGGUCGCCCAGCGAGAGGAGGCAGGUUUCCAUUUGCUGUCCCCGGGGCAAAGAAGUUGUCCAUCGACCGGCCUUGUCCAACCCCGGCCACCUCCAGCCACCCAAUCCAGCCACGCAGGACGGUUAUAUCUGGAGGCCCUGGUAGUUCGGGUUGAUAAAGCAGUUAAUAAAAAGAAAGACUGCUAACGUGUAAAAAUAUAUGUAUAGUUAAACUGUAAAAAAAAAUGUAUAUACCAUAUUGUUUCGCAAUUUUUUUUCGUGAAUUACGCAGCGUGGAUCUGAAAGCAGAGUUAGUUCUGUUCAUGCUCAUUAGCCUGAUUUUUUUUAAAAAUUGUACUCAGGGUGAAAACGCUGUGGGGCACUUUUUUUUUUGCUGUUGUUGUCUCGUGUAACGACCCACGAGUGCUAUUUUAUAUUUUUGUACAAAGAAAAAAAGGGGUAUAUUCUAAACCAAAAAAGAGUCCAAA